AUGGCCGAAGCCGCUCUGAAGAAAAUAGAAUCGCUAAAAGCUCGACGUCUCGUUUGCACCAAACAAUUAGACAGAAUAAAUGAGUUUCUAUCAGAAAUUAAUACACUUCUUUCGGAAUUCGAGGUUCGUCUUCAAGCUUUGGACUCUGUUUUCAAAGCAUUUGAACAACUCCAGAUCAAGUUGGAGGAUAUUGAUCCCAAGGAAAUUGGUGCCAAAGUCGACGUGCGAGCUGAAUGCGAGGAGAUGUACUACAAAUCAAGAUCCAAAAUUCUUCAUGAAAUACAAAGUCGAAAAUCUACUUUGCGAACAGAAAAUGUUGUAUCUACCGAAACGAAAUCAUCUAAUCAGUUGAAACUUCCAAAGGUUAACAUUCCUAUUUUUUCAGGUGAAGUUACCCAGUGGCUAUCCUUUCACGAAAUUUUCAAUUCCCUAAUCCACAAUAAUUCCUCAUUAAGCAAUGUCUCCAAGCUACACUAUUUGAUUUCCUCUCUAUCUGGUCAAGCUGCUAGGACAAUACAAUCGUUGGAGAUCACUGAUGACAACUAUGAAGUCGCUCUCAAUCUGCUUAUUGAAAACUACGACAACAAACGUGUGAUUGCCACUGAACACAUUAAAAAGGUAAUGAUGUAUCCAGCUAUUCAAAAACCUUCAUCGUCAAGUCUACGUCAGUUUUGUGAUGAGAUCAACAGUCAUCUUCGUGCUCUUACUACACUUGGACGUCCUGUAAGCCAAUGGGAUGACCUACUAGUUCAAAUACUUCUCCCAAAACUCGACAGUGCAACACUUAACAAAUGGAACGAAGAAGGACCCACCGAAAGAAUGCCCAGUUACCAGGAGCUUAUAAAAUUUCUUACCAAACGCACCCUGAUUCUCAAUGACGACAUUCCUCAGCCUAACCAUAAUAUUUACAAGUGUGAUCAAUUUCUUAAUCUGCCUGUUGCUCAAAAACAAAGUUUUGUUAGUGGGAACCAACUAUGUUUUAAUUGCAUUAAGCCCAAUCAUGAUGCAAAUAAUUGCCAAGCAUCAAAAUGUCGCAAGUGCAACAAUUCACAUCACACGCUGCUUCAUGACGAUAACGUUAUACGCAUCCCUCAGGAUGUUCCACAAUCGUCUUCAUAUAACAUUGCAUCAACUUCAAAUGACCAAAGACCUACCUCAAACAAUGUCGCAAGUUCUUCCAACAGCCUCACUUCGCCGAUGAUUCAGCCAUAUCCCCAAACAUAUCAUCUUCAUAAAAAUACGUCUCCAGCUGCAUACGAUACACAAAGCCGUUCAGCACAAGCCAUUCUUGCCACUGCAGUAGUUUUUGCUCUUGAUAAACAAAACACCCCAGUUCCUUGCCGAGUUUUGCUUGACUCUGCUUCUCAUGUCAGCUUGUUAACUGAGCGAUUCGCAAACCUUUUAGGCAUAAGACGUAAGAGUAAAAUAAUGUCCAUCUGUAGCAUCGGAGAAAAUUCAUUAAUUUGCAAACAUCAAAUUAGCUUCACCAUCAAAUCGCGAUUUAAUCAUUAUGCUGAAAAUAUUGAUGCUUAUAUUGUGGCCAGAAUAUCAGAGUUCCUGCCUGAUGCUCCCAUUAAUACAAACGGUUUAUCUAUACCAUCGAAUAUUAAUCUCGCAGAUCCCUUAUUUGGAACCCCAAGUCGAGUUGAUCUGUUGAUAGGAGCUGAAUAUUUUUUUGGUUUAUUAUCCAUUGGACAGAUUAAGCUAGGCCCUUGGCUUCCAACUCUUCAAAACACUGUAUUUGGCUGGGUGGUGUCUGGCAGCAUUGCACAAGGAGAAUGCAAGAAAAAGGUCCAUUGCUUGGUAAACGAUUCUGAUGAAAAUAGUGAAAAUGAAAAUAUUGCAUCAAUGCUUACCUCUUUUUGGGAAAUUGAAAAGCACGAACAAAUUGAAUUGCCAUUCACGAAAAAUGAACAAAUUUGUGAAGAACAUUUUCUUAAAAAUGUGAAACGUCUCAGAAAUGGCCGAAUUGAGGUAAGAUUGCCUUUUAAGCAGAAUCCAGAAUCAUUAGGCAAUUCUUAUGCGACUGCCCUUCGAAGAUUUUACGCAUUAGAACGUAAAUUGAUAAAAAAUCACGAUCUCGCAGUGCAAUAUGUUUCAUUUAUGAAAGAAUACAAGCAACUGAAACAUAUGGUGGAGAUCAAAAAUCAAGAUUUUGGUAAAUUGCAUUAUUAUAUUCCCCACCAUUGCAUAACAAAACCUGAGAGCUCUACUACAAAACUAAGAGUAGUUUUUGAUGCUAGUGCCAAAUGUGAUAAUGGUGUGAGCUUAAACGACAUCUUAUACGUGGGCCCAGUCGUGCAGCCUGACUUGUUUUCUUUACUUAUCAAAUUUAGAUCACAUAACUACGUGUUUACUGCUGACGUAACUAAAAUGUACCGUCAAAUUGCUCUCAAUGAACAAGAUCGAGCAUUUCACCAAAUUUUGUGGAGAGACAGACCAGAUGAAGAGAUAAAGACUUAUGAACUCUGUACUGUGACGUAUGGUACGGCCUCAGCAUCUUUUUUGGCUACAAGAGCGCUUUUGUACUUAGCAGAGGAGGAGGGUGAUAAAUUUCCAGUAGGAGCAUCAACAAUAAAAACAGAAUUUUAUGUCGAUGAUAUUCUCACUGGGGCUAGCACGUUAGAGGAGCUCGAAUGUAUCAAAAGAGAAUUAAGAGGAAUAUUAGAUCGUGGUGGAUUAACGCUAAAAAAAUGGUGUUCUAAUAAUAAUAGCUUGCUACAAGAUAUACCACAUGAAGAAAAGGAACAAUUUUUUCAACUUAAAAACAAUGAUGUCAUCAAGACACUCGGUGUAGUGUGGGACCCAAAGGCAGAUACUUUUUUCUACAAGGUCAAUGCUGGUGAAAACAAGCAUAUUACUAAACGCACUGUGUUAGCUGAUAUAGCACGUUUAUAUGACCCUUUAGGACUUAUAAAUCCUGUUACUGUAUUGGCAAAGAUUUUUUACAAAGGCUUUGGAAGCUAUGUGGGGGAAAUGUUGAUAAAAAAGGUUUCGGUACGACUUUUGUGCGCUAAGUCUAAAGUAGCACCUGUAAGGAACGUUUGUCUUCCACGACUUGAAUUAUGUGCUGCGCAGUUGAUGGUACAAUUGGUAAAAAGGAUUCGUCAUAUAUUCCAAGAUAAAUUUGAAAGGGUGUAUUAUUGGACAGAUUCCAGUAUAGUCAUCGCAUGGUUGUCUUCAGAAUCACAUCAUUGGCAAACUUUCGUCGCAAACAGAGUUGCAACAAUACAAAAUCUUUCAUCCAUAGAUCAAUGGCGUCAUGUAAGCACCAAACAAAAUCCGGCUGACAUUGUUUCGAGAGGAGCAUUUCCUGGUGAAUUGAUGAACUCAAAGUUGUGGUUUCAUGGCCCAGAAUUCUUAUACCUUUCUGAAGAACAUUGGCCUAAUUCGAAGUCUGUAGAUUCAGUUGAUGAAAACCUUCUUGAGCGCAGACCUACAAAACAUACCUUUCCAUUACAAGAAGAUACCGAUUUUGUGAUUAAUUUGAAAUUCAACAAUAAUCAUCAGAGAACACUCAAAAUAGUUGCUUAUAUUCUAAGAUUUUUCCACAAUUCUUUAGCGUUAUAUAGAAAGAAGGAAAGAGUAGGUGGGCCAUUUACAUUGGAGGAAAUGGAGAACGCUCUUCAUUGUCUUAUAAAGAUGAUACAGCAAUCGAACUAUGGAUCCGAUAUCUUACUUUUGAAACAGAAAAGAUCAAUUUCUCCAUUCAUUGAUGAAAAGGGAAUACUUAGAGUUGGUGGAAGGAUAAAUAACGCUGAUGUUGGGUAUAAGCAUAAACAUCCAGCACUUCUUCCAAAUAAUCACCCGUUUACAAAGGCUUUGAUAAGAGAUAUUCAUAUAAAAUAUCAUCAUGUAGGAGAACAAGGACUGCUGUCAAUCGUUCGUGAACAAUAUUGGCCUGUGCAUGUGAAGCCUCUUAUACGACGAGUUAUCAGACGAUGUAUAUUAUGCGCUAGAGCACGUCCACGUUUUGAGCAUCCGCAAAUGGGAAAUCUACCAGAGUAUCGUGUAAUGCCCUCACGUCCUUUUACAACUGUAGGAACAGACUUUUGUGGACCUUUUAUGGUUCACUCUCGGCGUCGUGGGACAGCGGCCGUGAAAGUAUAUGUAGCGGUAUUUGUAUGCCUUGUCAGCAAAGCUGUUCAUCUUGAACUAGUUGGAGAUCUCACUACUUCUUCGUUCUUGGGUGCUUUGCGGCGCUUCAUUAGCAGGAGAGGCCUUUGCCGUACCAUAUAUAGUGAUAAUGCUACAAAUUAUAUUGGCGCACGUAACGAGCUCAGGGCGCUUUAUAAGAUGUUUCAAGAUCAACAGUCUAAAUCCGAAAUUAUGAAAACUUGCUUAGACGAGGGCAUCGAAUGGAAGCACAUUCCUCCUAGAUCUCCACAUUUUGGUGGUAUUUGGGAGGCAGCCGUAAAAUCUGCAAAACAUCAUAUGAAACGAAUUUUACAUCUAGCGGCUUUGACAUAUGAAGAGCUUAAUACUCUUAUUAUCCAGAUAGAGUGCAUCCUUAAUUCCCGUCCUCUUUCCCCUCUCUCUGAAGAUCCCAAUGACCUUAAACCUUUAACCCCAGGCCAUUUUUUAACAGGUUCUUCACUUAUUGCAAUUCCUGAGCCAGAUCUGUGCGAUAAAAAUUUAUCCUAUCUAAAUCGUUGGCAGCGAGUGCAAUGGCUUAUGCAACAAUUUUGGCACCGAUGGAAGAAUGAAUACCUCCACACUUUGCAACAGCGGAAUAAAUGGAAACGAAAUAAAUUUAUUGGGCUUCAAUUAAAUGACAUUGUCAUAAUAAGAGAUGAUAACAUUCCUCCGUUGAAAUGGAAGCUUGGUAGAGUCAUGGAAUUGCAUCCUGGUACCGAUCACAUCGUUCGAGUGGUUACUUUGAAAACUGCCACUGGAAUUUUUAAAAGAGCAGUUGCUAAUCUCUGUCGACUACCGGUCGUUGAAGCACCUCCGGACGCUGAGGCAUCUUCAGUUGUUGAAGCACCUUUAGUCCUUCAAGACGGGGAGAAUGUUCAGCCUAUUUUAGAAAAUAAUGUUGUUUUAUAA